UCACCUCCACCCCCUUCCUCCAGGAAGCUGCACUGCACCCGGAACUACAUCCACCUGAACCUGUUUCUCUCCUUCAUCCUGAGGGCCGUCUCAGUGUUGGUCAAGGACAAUGUGCUCUACUCCAGCUCAGGCACACUGCACUGCCCAGACCAACCAUCCUCCUGGGUCGGCUGCAAGCUCACCCUGGUGUUCUUCCAGUACUGCAUCAUGGCGAACUUCUACUGGCUCCUCGUAGAGGGACUGUACCUGCACACUCUCCUGGUAGCCGUCUUACCCCCCAGCAGAUGCUUCCUGGCUUACCUCCUCAUCGGAUGGGGCAUCCCCACCAUCUGCAUAGGUGCAUGGACGGCUGCCCGGCUCUCUCUAGAAGACACAGGUUGCUGGGACACAAAUGACCACAGCGUCCCCUGGUGGGUCAUACGGAUGCCCAUUCUCAUUUCUAUAAUAGUAAACUUUGUCCUCUUUGUCAGCAUUAUCAGGAUUUUACUGCAGAAGCUAACAUCCCCAGAUGUUGGUGGCAAUGACCAGUCACAAUACAAGAGGCUCGCCAAGUCCACACUGCUGCUCAUCCCUCUGUUUGGUGUCCACUACAUGGUGUUUGCUGCCUUCCCCAUUGGCAUCUCCUCCACGUAUCAGAUCCUGUUUGAGCUGUGUGUCGGCUCCUUCCAGGGCCUGGUCGUGGCGGUUCUCUACUGCUUCCUGAACAGUGAAGUGCAGUGUGAGCUGAAAAGGAGGUGGCGGGGCCUAUACUCCACCCAGUCUGGGAGCCGUGACUACCGACUGCACAGCUGGUCCAUGUCCCGGAAUGGCUCAGAAAGCGCCCUGCAGAUACACCGGGGCUCCCGUGCCCAGUCCUUUCUGCAGACGGAGACUUCAGUCAUCUAG